CACACACACACACACACGGAAGACUCAGGAAUGGACGUCUCCUGUUUGGCCAAGAAUAGAAAAGGGGUUUUUUCUAGAAUGAUUAACCUUUGAGAUAAAUUCACUAUCAAACUCUCCUGACGGGCUUGCCCUACGACAAAGCACCCAGGGGCGUAUUUCCUCACCAACCCCCUGCAGCUCAGGUCAACCAUGAUUCCUCUGGGGAUUUUAUUAUUUCUGACAUUAGGCGGAAGAAGUCUGGCUCAGGAGCAAACAUAUGUCAUUUCGUCACCCAAAAUUCUCCGUGCGGGGGCAUCUGAAAAGGUGGUGAUCCAGGCUUUUGGGUACGAACAAGAGUUCGGCGUGACCAUAUCGGUGAAAAGCUUUCCAGAUAAACAAACAACUUACGCCUUCGGCCAAACUCAGCUAACUCCAGGAAAUAAAUUCCAAGGUUCCGUAACUUUAACGCUGCAGCCAAGGGAUUUAUCUGGCCAAGAUCCAGACAACCCAGUACAAUAUGUGUACUUGGAAGCAGUUUCUCCACACUUUACAAAAGAGAAGAAAAUGCCAGUGACUUAUGAUAAUGGAUUCCUUUUUAUCCAGACGGACAAACCCAUCUACACUCCAGACCAGACAGUGAAGGUUCGGGUUUAUUCUCUGAAUGAAGAACUGAGGCCAGCGAGAAGAGCAGCCACGUUGAUUUUUGUGGAUCCUGAUGGCGUAGAAGUGGAUAUGAUAAAGGAGGAAGACAUGACUGGGAUUAUAUCAUUCCCUGACUUCAAAAUUCCUCUACACCCAAAAUUUGGAGUCUGGACAAUUAAGGCCAAGUAUCAGAAGGAUUUCACGACCUCUGCCGAAACAAAAUUCCAAGUUAAAGAAUAUGCGAUGCCAAGCUUUUCGGUCACGAUAGAACCAGAAAAUAACUUCAUCAGCUCUCAGCACUUUGAAAGAUUCAAGAUUACUAUUAGAGCCAGAUACUUUUACAACGAGCCAGUGGCAGAUGCUCAGGUUUAUGUCCGGUUUGGAAUCAUUCAAGGAUCUCAGAAAACGAUGAUGCCCAAAGCCUUGAAAUUCAUUGAGAUGGAAGAAGGCAUUGCCCAAUUUUAUUUCAACAGCAAACAGGCCGUCAGUGAGUUAUCUUAUCGAAGCCUCCAAGAGCUUGACGGGGCAAAGCUUUACAUCGCAGCUUCCGUGUUGGAAACAAAAGGUGGCCGGAGUGAAGACAUAGAAUUAACAACGGUUAUGUACGUCCUGUCUCCUUACAAACUGCGUUUGAUUGCCACUCCCCUUUUUGUGAAACCAGGGCUGCCUUACUACAUUAAGGUGCAAGUCAAGGAUCCUCUGGGUACCCCUGUGAGAAACCUGCCUGUCGUCUUUGCCGCUAGUGCCUUCAACGAGGAGAUGGAAGAGACCCAAUUAGUUCAAGAAAGCGAUAAAAUCCGCACCAGCUCAAAAGAUGGAACGGCUUUAAUGAUAGUCAAUAUUCCUUCCAGCACCAGCUUUCUGGAGUUUCGAAUAACAACAGCGGAUCCUAAAUUACUGGACGAAAACCAAGCCCAUGAAAGUUACGAAGCAAAGUCGUACGUUUCCCGAAGCGGAAGCUAUUUGUACAUAGACUGGGCUUCAAACCACAAAGCAUUACAUGUGGGAAGCACUGUCCAUAUAAAUGUGUACCCGGCAAGCCACUACAUUCAUAAAAUACAUCAUUACAGCUAUUUGAUCUUAUCCAAAGGGAAAAUAGUAACCUAUGGGACGCAAGAAAAGAUUGAAGGCUCUGUUUAUCAAAGUUUGCAGUUUCAGCUGACCAAGGACAUGGUUCCUUCGGCCCGCCUUCUCGUUUACUACAUCGUUACAGGAGAAGGAGCAGCAGAGCUGGUGGCCGACUCAGCUUGGUUAGACGUGGAACAAAAAUGUGGGAACAGCCUUGAAGUUCGGCUACAGAGAAGCGAGAGUUUUUACCGUCCGGGAACAGUUGUUUCGCUUUCCAUGAGAAGCGAGUUUGACUCGCUUGUUGCAUUGUCAUCUAUGGACCACGCUGUUUACGGAGUGAUCGAAACGAAGAAGAAGCCAAUGGAAAAAGCACUUCUGCAGCUGGAAAAAAGUGACCUCGGGUGCAAUGCUGGUGGAGGGCAGAACAACGUAGACGUCUUCCGAAUGGCCGGACUUACCUUUAUGACCAAUGCCAAUGCGGACGACACCAAAGAAGAAGAUGAAGCCUGUAAAGCUGUUCUGCGAUCCACUCGGUCUGCUCUUGACGAUCAAAUCGAACGAUUAGUAUCCAAUUUCAAACAUCUGGCAAUUCAGAAGUGCUGUAGGUCAGGGGCAGAAAAGUACCCCGUCCCACAAACAUGCAGUGAGAGAAUGAGCCGGGUUACGGGUGGACCCAGGUGCCUGCAAGCUUUCAAGAAGUGCUGCGAUUUUGCAGAGAAACUGCGCCGGAAUGAAACCCACAAAGUUCUAAUCCUGGCAAGGAACGCCUUUGCUGCCCUCCUGGACUUGGAACCUGAGGUCCGAAGCUAUUUUCCUGAGAGCUGGCUGUGGGAGGUCCACCCAGUUUCCAGCUUCAAAACACUUCCAGUGACUCUCCCAGAUUCUCUCACCACCUGGGAAAUACAAGGUGUUAGCAUUUCGGAUCAAGGGAUCUGUGUUGCUGACGCCCUUCAAGUGCAGGUGAUCAAAGAGGUUUUCAUAGAGGUUCAUAUUCCUUACUCAGUGGUCCGCGGAGAGCAGAUCGAAUUGCUAGGGACCGUUUACAACUACAGAGUAUCCAAGAUCACGUUUUGCACGUCCAUAAGUGUGGAGAAAGGCAUCUGCCUCUUCGGGGCGACCAGGAGCGACCCGCGAGGCCUGCAGCGGACCAGCUGCUCCCCUUUCAAGGACCUCCACGGCUCCUCCAUCACCAAAGUCCGGUUCACCAUCCUUCCUCUGGAGCUGGGCCUCCACACCGUCAACUUCACGCUGAAGAGCUCCGCUGGCAGCGAAGUCUUAGUGAAAACGCUGAGAGUUGUGCCUGAAGGUAUCCGAAAAGAAAUAUAUGAGGGUUACACACUGGACCCACAAGGCGUUUAUGGUGCGGUGAAAAGGCAAGUGGAAUUUCCCCUCCGGACGCCCAUAAAUAUGGUCCCAAAGACAAAACUGGAGAGAACGGUGACGGUCAAAGGACUCCUUCUUGGCGAUGUGAUCAAUGCGGCCGUUGACCCGGAAGGCCUCAGGCUUCUCGCUAACCUCCCCAGAGGGAGUGCGGAAACCGAACUUAUGAAUAUUGUGCCUCUGUUUUACGUGUAUGAUUACCUAGAAAGGACGGACAGCUGGCACAUCCUCGGUCAAGGAAGUAUCCUGCCCAGCGUUAACAUGAUGAGGAAGAUGAAAGAAGGAAUCAUCAGCAUCCUGUCCUUCCAAAAACCGGACUUCUCCUUCAGUAUGUGGAGAAACGGGGACUCCAGCACCUGGUUGACGGCUUUCGCCCUACGGAUUUUUGGACAAGUCCACCGAUACACACCUGUGAAUCAGAAUUCUUUGUGUAAUACCCUGACGUGGAUGAUUGACAUGUGUCAAAUGGAUGAUGGGUCUUUCCGGGAGGUUUCCACUUACACGCCAGUAAAACUACAGGGAACGCUGCCUAAAGAGCAGAAGGAAAAUACUUUGUAUCUCACAGCCUUCUCCCUGAUUGGAUUUGCCAAGUCGAUUCAUAUCUGCCCCUUGUUGAAAGUCGAAGAAGCUAAAAACAAAGCUGUAGAUUAUUUGCUGAAGAACGUCAACUCGGUCCAGAGCACUUUUACCUUGGCCAUCGUUACUUAUGCGCUCGCGCUGACCAGAAUGAACCACCCAAACGCACGAGCGGCCUACAACUCGCUGAAGAAGGAAGCUUUCAUAAAAACUGGACCGCCGAUAUAUCGUUUUUGGAAAGAAGCUUCCAUGCAAGUCGACUCGAGCACGCCUUCUGAGAACACCGCCCGGAUGGUGGAGACCACGGCCUACGCCUUGCUCACCACUCUGCUGCGGGGAGAUCAAGACUAUGCGAACCCCAUCAUGAGAUGGUUGUCUGAACAGCAGAGAUACGGCGGCGGGUUUUAUUCCACGCAGGAUACGAUCAACGCGCUGGAGUCCCUGACGGAAUAUUCCAUUCUUGUCAAGCGGCUGGUGCUGGACAUGAGCAUCAAAGUGGCCUACAAGACGCACGGCGAUUUUCAUCACUACCGGCUGACGAGGAAAAAUUACAUCAGCAAGCCAGUGGAAGUUCCUUUGGAUGAUGACCUAGAAGUACGCACGGGCAGUAACACCGGAUUAGCCAUUGUGAACCUGAGGAACGUGUAUUACAAGAGCAGUACCUCCGAAGACACUUGCAGCUUUGAGCUGAAGAUUGAUGUGAAGUCCGAAACGGACGACGGUGGAAGAGACCUUUACUUCAGGACCUACAGUGAAGUCAGACACUUGGUAGCUUGUGCCAAGUACAAGCCUCGUAGGUUUGAGCCACACUCUGCCUCCUCCCACGCCGUCAUGGACAUCUCCCUUGCCACUGGACUGGAGGCCAACACGGAAGAUUUAUCAAUCCUUCUGAAUAACGAUGACAGGCUGAUUUCCGGCUACGAGAUCACAGACGGACAUGUAUUAGUGCAAUUGGAUUCGAUCCCAGCCCGGGAUUUCCUAUGCAUCGGCUUCCAAUUAGUCGAAAUGUUCCGUGUUCACAUGCCAAGCCCAGGAACCUUUACUGUGUAUGAAUAUCACACCCCAGAGAAACAGUGUUCUAUGUUUUACAAUCCUUACGGAGAAGAGUCCCUUGUAAGGCUGUGUGAAGGCGCUGAGUGUAAAUGCUUGGAAGCGGAAUGUGGGCGCAUGCAGGCCAGACUGGAUAAGUCCAUCAGCAUUGAGGUUCGAAAGGAAGCCGCAUGCCAGAAUCCCAUUGCAUAUGUUUACAAAGUCAACAUCCUUUCCUCCAAGACAGAAGGAAGCUUUGUUAAAUAUACUGCCAUUCUUCUGGAUCUCUUUAAAACAGGUGUAACGUUUGCCAAGAAGAACGACGAAAUCACCUUUAUUAAGAAAUAUUCAUGCACUGACGUCCAGCUUAAUCCAAGGGAGAAUUACCUGAUUAUGGGGAAAGAGGCCUUGAAGAUGGGAGAGGGUGCCAACGCCCGGUACCAGUAUCCUUUGGAUGCAAUGACGUGGAUAGAAUGGUGGCCUUCUGAACACUUGCCGUGUGAUUCCUGUCAAGCUUUCUCAGAAUCAUUGGAAGAAUUUGCUGACGAUCUCCUUCUUAACGGCUGCUAAGAUCCCGGAAGACUCUUGCAGAUAGUCAACGGACCGCUUUGACAAUGCUUCCUACCAACAUCGUCCCGUGCAGUUCUUCCAGACCUCCCGAAGAAUUCAUAGGGGCCUCGCCCACAUAGAAACCCCCUUUUUCCUGCAUCCAAACCUGUGAAUUUUAGCCUUUUUUAAUCUAGACAUUAGUUAUAAGAUGAGCAAAGAAGGCCUUUAGAACAGUAAGAUGAAAUGUAAGGAAUGGAGAGAAAGGACUGCAUGCCUUGAAUCAGGGUGGUGGGAAUCUUUGGUUCUUUAGAUAUAUAUAUUUUUUUGAACUUCAUAGAAUUAUUAAGUUGGAAGGGGCCUUUAAGACCGUCAAGCCCAACC